UAUCUGAUUCUAGGGUGAGUUCUGGCGUUUGAGGAAACAUUUUUCUUUAAGUUUUCAAACUUUGAGCAACGUAAAAACUCUCAUUUACAUUGUAAAAACGGCGGCCUAAAAGUCGACAGCUUGCUAAUUUAAUAACGUUCUUUCCAUGUUUGCUAUCAGUUUUGUACUAACAGCUUCUUUUGUGAUUGACAAAACUACUUCAUGGAGUUCUCUGUUUGCGUCCCUGAAGUGUUAAUAAAGAGGCUAAAUUUAUUAGAAGUUCUGUCAAAAAGAGAACCCACCUGCCUGCAAAACGUUGUUCAGUUUAUGAAAAAAUAGCAUCCUUCAGGACAUUUCAGUCGCAACAACCUCUUGCAAGUCAUUCGAAUAACAUUCAAAAUUAUUUUUUGUAUUCUACUUUUCUUGUAGACAGGCCAAAAAUGAAUACCAGCUGCGUCAACGAGCGACUGAGCAGUGCAGCAUCCAUCGUUCUCUCGUUGUGGUUCGCCUCCUCUGGUUUAGCAGCUGUCAUUGGAAAUGCAGUGGUGCUGUGGUUGUUUUACAAAAACGAGUCUUUACGAACAAUUUCAAACCGAUUUUUAGCCUCGUUGUGCGUAGCAGACUUUAUCGUGGGGCUUGUCAUAGACCCUACCUGGAUAGCCAUCAGAUGUUGGAUUCAGCCAUCCGAAAGCCAAAUUUUAAACAGCAUUUUGGAUAUGCUGUGGAUUCACACAACAGCUGCCACAGUGUUUAACUUGUGUUGUGUUUCUGUUGACAGAUUUAUUGCCAUUCGCUUUCCUUGCCGUUAUCAAGACAUUUUACCUUUGAACAAAUGUUACACCGCGAUUUUCAUGGUGUGGUUAAUUUCAUUUUUUCUUCCUUUUUCGAGGAUUUUGUCGGUAAAUAAUCCAGCAAAUGGUGCGAUACUGUGGUUGUCGUUAACAUUUAUAAUAUUUGUGCUUCCAAUAAGUGUUGUCACCUUUUGCUAUUUUUGGAUUUUCAAGACCGCCAGAGAGCAAUCUAGGAGAAUAACAAGAGAAACUGCUCGAAACAUAGACCAGAACACUACAGCCCUUGCUAAACAAAGUUAUAAGGCUGUCAAAACGACUGGGUUCGUGCUAGGUGUUUUCAUCGUUUCAUGGAUGCCCUGUGUCGUCCUUUCUGUUGUGCAUCAUUUCGCAGGCAAAGACAAGUGUCUCGAUCAUAGAUUUUCUUUUGUAGUGUGGCCCUGGAUCGAGGCAAUUUCGUUUACAUCAUCCGCGAUCAACCCGUGGAUUUAUUACUUCAGAAAUAGCCUGUUUCGAGAAGCGUCGUAUCGCAGUUUUAGCUGGCUAUUUUCCUCGAGAACUGCGCCAAAACUACACUGGAACGAAAGAAAGUCAAGAAGAAGAGUUUUCACUGUCAGUUCCAUGAUUGGUGAGACAGAGUUCGAAGCCGGGAUAAAAACAGUAGCAAUCGCUCCGUAUGCCAUUUACGUUAGCGCUCGGGCAUGUGAUCAAACCGGUACACGAUCAACCAAAUCAGAACAGAAAACUGACAAAUAGAUCGUUUUCACGUGACGUCAUCACUUUCUAAAACCCAAACCAAAAGAGCCA